AUGGCCCGAAGACGAACCGGAAAUAUCCAGCGACGGGGCCCCACAAUUAUACGACACCCUCGCAGUGGUAUCUCAAAUCAGCCUGCGGACUUGAACACGGCUGUUGCUAUGGCCUUGAGGCAUGGACUAAUUGUUAUCAAUCCCAGUCGCGACCAUCUUCACGAGGACCCCUACCUAUCAUCUCAAACUGAACAACUUGCUGACCAUUUCCAUCAACACGAACCACCUCAGCACGAGACCGCACUCCUUCCUGAUGAAUUCAUUACCCAGUAUGCCAUGAGAAGAGAUCGUCUUAAGUCGGCUUGGAAAUCAAUCGAAAAAUCAAUGUGCGCCGCCUUCUUCGUAUGCCAGUAUCAUACAAAAAACUGGACAACCUCAACCAGCUACCUGGAACCACUCGAAGAAUGUGACUGUGGCAAUAAUCGUAAACGAUCGGUUGAUUUGAUACAUACACACGACCGCUUUCAUCGCCAAGAAGUAGAGUUCUGUUCUUGCAUUCCUGACGCUAUUCGCUUGAUUCACCUUGGAUAUAUCCCUGCAUCCCCCUCAGCACCCCGGACAGCGUUCUCUAUCCCCCUUGUUCAGCUGUACCAGCAUUUAUGGCAUGAGUCAGCAAUUCCUUACACCUCAUUCAUUGCCGGCAUCAUGUACCAUCAAGAUACCAGAUCAAGGGACAAGUUGUAUGCCCGCGGCCCAAGUGGCAACCCACGUGACUUGCGAAUUCCUUUCUCACAAGCAAUUGAUAUCUACAGCCAGAUCCAAACACUCCAAAAAGAUUUGAUUACAAUUUCUCUGGGCCUAAAAAACCAGGAUCAUUGGGCAGCAAAAUGCCCUGCAUGUUUUGGGCCUGAAAAGCCCGAUGAAGAGAGUCAGCCUAGGACCGGCGAAGCCUAUGCCAUAAUUGCAAUGGAUGGCAACUUUCAACAUCGGCACCACAAGUUUGCAAGCACCGAUGUCCCCACCGAAGCUGAUUACCCGUCAAACUUUAUCCCUACUUCCCAAAUUGUCACUCAUGAGGCUUUACUACCCGGUCAGUAUCAUAGCAAAUAUACUAGAGGCUUUUCCCACCAAAAAGUUUGGAAUACUUUACGAUAUCGGAUGCCACUUGGACGCACAUAUCAGAAAGCGCAAUCUGUUAGGAAACCAGAUUGA